AUGAGAACCGAACUCGGCGGAAAUGCCUCUCACCAGGACACAACAGGAGCCUACGCUAGCGCCCUGCACGUCGACGUGCUGAUCGUCGGAGCCGGGUUCGGAGGCAUCUACUGCCUGUACGAGAUGCGCAAACUCGGCCUUCAGGCCGUCAUAUAUGAGGCCGGCAGUGAUAUCGGCGGCGCGUGGCGCUGGAACUGCUACCCCGGCGCUGGGGUGGACUCGGAGGUCCCGGAAUACCAGUUCUCCAUCCCCGAGACGUGGAAGGACUGGACCUGGUCGACGAACUAUCCCCGGUGCGACGAGCUGCGGAGCUACUUUUCCCAUGUGGACCGGGUGCUCCGCGUGAAGAAGGACUGUGCUUUCAACACCGUGGUGGUCGGAGCGCGGUUUGACACCCACGAGGGCCGCUGGCGGAUCCGCACGGCUGAUGGGAGGACAGCGUCCGCGAAAUACUUCAUCAUCGCCGCGGGGUUUUCCGCAAAACGCUAUGUCCCGGACUGGCCGGGGAUCGAGACGUUUCGAGGAGCCAUCUACCACUCAUCCUGCUGGCCGGAGAAGCCCGUGGAUGUGCGGGGGAAGCGCUGCGCCGUCAUUGGAACGGGGGCCUCGGGCACUCAGGUCACCCAGGCUUGGGGUCCCGUGGCCGGCUCGCUGAAGGUGUUCCAGCGGACGCCGAACCUGGCGCUCCCCAUGCGCAGGCGAUGCCUGAGCGUCCGAGAGCAGGAGCAGGCGAAGACACUGUAUCCGGCGCUGUUCUCUCUGCGCGAGAAGACGUUCGGCGGGUUCCUCUAUACGCUCUCGGAGAAGAGCAUCUGCGAAGACAGCCCGGCGGAGCGGGACGCGUUUCUGGACAAGUUGUGGACAGACGGCGGCUUCCGGUUCUGGGUUGGGAAUUACCGCGACCACCUCCUCGACCCGGACGCCAACCGCAUCGUCUACGAUUUCUGGCGCACCAAGGUCCGCCAGCGCAUCUGCGAUGCCAAACUCCAGGAGUUGCUGGCGCCUGUCGAGCCACCACACUACUGGGGCGUCAAGCUGCCCAGCCUGGAGGAGACCUACUUCGAGCAGUUCAACCGGCCGAACGUGGAACUCGUAAGUAUCAAGGAUAACCCCAUCGCGAGCUUUACGGCCAGCGGCAUCAGGCUCCAAGACGGCACCGUCCACGAACUCGACGUCAUCUGCAUCGCGACGGGAUUCGAAGCCAGCACCGGCAGCAUGACAAACAUGGGGCUGACAAGCAUCAACGGAACCGCCCUCGAGGAUGAGUGGAGAGACGGUGCGUACACGUACCUCGGGAUGACCGUCAGCGGGUAUCCCAACAUGUUCCACCUGUAUGGGCCGCAGGGGCCGACGCACCUCAGCAAUGGCCCCACGGCGGUUGAGAUCCAGGGCCGCUGGAUUGCGGAUGCGAUCAAGCAGAUCGAGCGUCAGGGUAUCAAGUACGUUGAUCCCAUGCCGGAGGCUGCGAGGACGUGGAAGAAGCGGAUUGACGAGCUCUCCGACAAGACCCUGUUCCCCACGACCAAGUCCAUGUAUAUGGGCGGGACGAAGCCGGGAGCAGUGUUUGAACAGGGGAGCUAUGCUGGCGGAGUGCCGCAGUAUCUGAAGGACAUUCGACCUGUCCUGCCUGGCUUUGAAGGGUUCACUGUUGUUAGAAAUUGA